AAAUCUUUUUCGGCGUAUCAUGAUAAGCAAAAAAUUAACACACACACACACACAGCUCAGCAAGAUAGAAGCAAACUGGGCAGUAGAGUUGUGUAUAAGCAGCGUGUUGUUUAUGGCGCCCAGCCGUAAUUUGUAAUGCUGAGUGAUGGGUGAUCGGCUAAGGACAAGCUCCAGAACGAUGCUAAGGAGCAACAAAACUCGCGAUAACAUCAUCUUUUCGAUCAUUUUACUUCUAUUUUCAGGUAAGAGAUGUUUCUUUUUUUCCAUGCUAAAUACCAUUGAAGUACUUUAUAAUUUAUAUACUAGGGUAUCUAAAAGAUAGUAAUGCUGCGGCACAUUCUGUUGAUACUGGCAUUAGUUAAGCAGUGAGAAUUAAAAGAAUCGAAAAUGACAUUGAAUGUCCUAUUUACAUGUAUAAUUAAUAUCAGUCUAUAGAAAGAACUCGUGGGAACGUUGUUUAGAAAAUGAUCAAGUGGUUAUCAACUCUGGUUUUCUCACAGUAAAUUGUAGGAAAUAAUAGAAAUUCAGAUUGUUUAUCCAUAUAUUUAAUAUACGGUGCACGAUAUUUUCUCUGGAAACACAAUACUUUUCUUGCUGUUUGUUGCACUUUAUUAAGUAACAGUUAUUUAGCUAUAUAUUUAUAGAAAACAACAACACAAAAAACGGAAAAAAAAAAGAAAAUAGGAAUAACUAAGUCGGUAGGACUCGAACCCGGCACCUUCGACUGGACGCGACUACACCUAACCACUACACCACAGAGGCUGAUUACAAAGUCGUUGGGAAAAGUCUUUCAUCUUAUUCCUUUUCCAUGAAACUUCCGCCGGCAAGAUGAUCGCCAGCCGCAUUAACCGAGCUAUUAACAGUGAAUAUACAAUGUAAACGCAUAUUCCCAGGCAAUGAAUGAAUGAAAGAACAUAAUUAUGCUUUUCAAAACGCCGAUACACGUCCUCGUCUGCAAAAUAGGACACAAAACAUAUGUUUUGUUAUCUCGAUUUCCGCUGUUAUUUUGAAGCGAAUGGUCCAAAUCACAUCCAUUUUCGGCUCAUACAGUUUCUUAAGAAUAGCAUUGCAUGACAUUUUCUCACUUUCACAUCACCUUCUAGCCAGCUGGAAUUUGUAUAUCCCCCGUGUUGCGGAGUCGAAGAGCAAAUGCUCAUCUUCUCGUCACGGUUUAACACCUGGACGAGUCAAAGGCUCUUGAAUUGAAAUCCAAUCCCCAAGUUAACCAUCGUACUCAUCUGAAAGACUCCUGCGUGUCUUAAAAUUUGGUGAGACCUCUAACCGUGCUGUAGAAAAUUUGUCACAAAGAAAACUCUAAGUCUGAGCAGCGAACGAUGCACUCUCUCACCCACCGAACUUCCCCGUGUUUUUAUUUGAGUUGUUAAUGGCGCAAUGCACUCUGGUUAAAUGCAAUGCAUUGUGGUAAAAAGUGAUGAAUUCGAGAAUUCGUCUCCCCUCAUAUAUUUCCUUUAAAUCCUGAAUAUGUUGCUGCUCGCUCCCUUCGGUCGCUCCGCAGCAAUCAGAAGAAAGGAUUUAAUGUUGGCGCGUAAAACGAAGAAAAUGUACCCUUCCCUGCUCUCCUAACAGCUUUUUCCUUCGUAUUUAUUUCCGGAAAAUGUCCUGCGGAAAACGCAGGGUAAAGCAUAUCCGACACUGUAAAUUGAAAAAUUUUCUGGGGGAGUAUACCCUUAGCCUUCGCGCAGACGAACCAGAGUUUAGUUUCGUCUGCGCGCAGGCUAAUAUACCCCCAGACCCCCCUUUGUACACUUCUAAAAUCUCACGCCAAGCUCCCACAAUGUAUUUACCACGGAGAUAACGAUAGUGAAAAGAAGAUCGCUAUUUCCACUAUGCCAUAUGAACCACGUAAAUGUCAAACCGUUUGCACGGCAAAGCCAGAGUACAUUUAAGCCGGUCCGUAACUCUCAGCCCCCGGUACGGUAGUCUACAAGCUUCUACAAGUCCUGAGCUAAUCCUGUGCUUCAUCUUCUAUUCUUUUCAGGUUUUCUGUUUCGUCAUGUUGAAGGGGGAAACGAUGGUAGGUUUUAAGCAAAGUAUAUAACAUCUUGAAAACAUAUAAACUAUAAGAUCAUGGAAGUACUCAUUCAAGACAUUUGACUAGUAAAAAGUUUGACUUAUUAUAUUGGCUUACUUCAUAAUUCGCACCUCCAAAAAGUGUUUUUUAAAUUCUGUCAAUCGAAGACGAGCUGAUAUUAUGCAUCAUACUUCGUCAAAAUAAAAUGCAUCACCUAGUUUGUAGCCUUCCAAACAGAUGAAAAACGUUUUUCGACGGCUUAAAACUGGUUAUAUGAAUAAAGCUGUAGACUGCUCAGAAUAUAAUGUAAUCAAAAUUGAUCGCACGUCUGAAGUGCGUUUUUCAGUCUAUAAAUGUCUUCCUAGGAUGGAGCCAUUGUACUUACUUAAGUCAAUUCGUCAUUUUGUAGUCGUUCGUUUGGUCAAUGGUGGAUCCAUCUCAGGAGGCCGAGUGGAAGUGUUUCACAAUGGAACCUGGGGAACAGUGUGUGAUGACUACUGGGACCUUAAUGACGCCAAAGUAGUUUGUCGCCAACGUGGAUAUGGAAGAGCUAUAAAGGCGUACAUAUCCGCUGCUUUUGGACCUGGAGAUGGAACAAUAUGGAUGGAUGACAUAAAUUGUACUGGUAGUGAGAGAUCAUUAACAGAGUGUUCUCACAAUGGUUGGGGAAUAGAAAACUGUGAUCAUAAUGAAGACGCAGGUGUCCUGUGCUCAAGUAAUAAGUACUAUUUUUUGAUAAUUAGUGUAUUGUUGUGACCCUAGCCCUUUCAAUAACUUUUAACGUAAAUUCAGCUUGGGCUCCAGCGUCGUUCUCUCUAACACUAUUAAAAAACGUACUAUUUUCCUUUUCUUGUAACUUAAUCCAGGGAAUAUAUUACAUCUAUUGUGACUAACGGCUUGGUUAGCAAUGGUGGGUGGCAUCGACCGUUAAAAAAGGCAAAGACCUUUUACGAAAGGGAAAUAGGCAUCACCUUCCAUGUGGGUUCUACAUACUGGGGCUCUUACCCAGUGUCACUAAAAGUCAUCGAGUUGCGCAGAACGUGCCGUACAUUCAGGUACCGUUGUUCAAAUGCUACCUGCUGAAAGAACCAAGUUCAGUAUGUCUUAAAUGUAUCGGGGCUCUGCGAUGGUCGUUUAUAUCAAACACACGAAUCAACACCGAAGUAGUCGGUCUAAAAUUGGUAGUUUUGGUCGCUCAUAAGACAACAAUGAUAACAGGCUUCUUCGAUUCCUUGGAAUCCUUACGAUCGAUUAAAACGUGAUCUUAUGAGGAGAAACUAGAUGUUGGUUUGACGUUUGCAAAUUAGUCUAAUGUGCUAUUUCCUAGAUGUCCGUUUGGUCGAUGGUAAAGAUUCUAUCCUGCAAGGCCGAGUGGAGGUGUUUUACAAUGGAACCUGGGGAACUGUGUGCGAUGACUCGUGGGACCUCACAGACGCCAGCGUGGUUUGCAGGGAGCUUGGAUAUGGUCGAGCUGUAAAAGCAUCCGUGUCUGCGAUCUUUGGGCAAGGAAAUGGAACAAUAUGGAUGGGUGACGUAAGGUGUACUGGUAACGAAAGAUCAUUAACAGAGUGUCAUCAGAGCGGCUGGGGAAAACAAAACUGUGAGCACAGUAAAGAUGCAGGUGUAGUUUGCGCCCCCUUAGGUAAAGUAACAACGUUUCUGACCGCUUUAGAUACAAUGAUAGAGAGAAUUAUCGUUUGUCUCACAAAUUUAUUUUGGGAGUUCAAAAAUUCAGUGGGAUUCGACUGUAUUACAUGGUCGCGCGGAGAUACGAAAUUUCUCUUAGCCGGUUGGAAAAUAUUUCUUAACACGAGAAGAGAAAUCUCGUAUCUCUAUUUUAUUUUAUUUUAUUUUUUGCUAUCAAAGCUCAUCUGGUAUUUCAUUGUCAGGUGGUUAUGUAAUAAAUAUCGUAUCAACAUAAAACAGUGGUUGUUGACAAAGGGAUCAUCAACUUAUUAUCCAGGCCCGCCUUUGAGCCAAUUUUUUUCGGGAAAGGCCACAAUUUGACCUCACUGACUUGUGAGUUGAAGAGGAAUAAUGCGUUGGUCAUUGAUAUCUUUCUUCUCCAACAUUUUCGUAAUUUUCUACCCCCAAAAAGAGCAUUUGAUAUCCAUUAGUUAAACUUGAAGAGCUUUUUACAUUCGUCCUCUUCAACCCCCAAACAGCAGUAAGCAGGCAAACGUUGCUAUCUACGCGGUGAGGAAAAUGAUUGAUAGUUCAUGAUCUUUAUUAUGGUGAAAACAUGCUCGUCCUGGGAACAGCUAGUCCUGUUUUGUUUGUGGGCCGAGUGUUAAGAGUUGCCAGACAAAUUUCAAGGAAGGGUGACGUAAAAAUAGCCCGAGAAGGCAGACGUAUUUUCGGUCGUCGCUUCUCUGCACUCAAAAAGUAACGUCUGCGAACCCGAGCCACCAAACGAUUUCUGUGCAAUACAAUACAAUACAUUUUAUUAAUUCUCCCAGUUGGGUCCACAAGAAUAUUCACUAAGUAUAAUGUGCGAAAUAGGUAAAAAUUACAUGUAUAAAAGACAAUUAAAUUUGAAUGCUAGAACUCCAAUAAAACUAUAAAAAAUUAAAAAGCUCAGGCCAAUCUCAGUUUAGCUGUUAAAAACUAAGAACUAACUCGAAAGAAUUCAUCUUCUCGCAAGAUUCGUGCGUGGUGGAUAUGUUUACAAGUCGAAACACCUAGACGGCGCGUUUGCAAAAGUUAAUUGACCCUUAAUUUGCCAGGAUUUUGGAACCGAUUGAUUAAAUAACCACCAAGCGGAUUCAUAUUGAAGAAGAGAUUAGAGGAAUAUUUUUAUCUAUUUGAGUCCAUGAUGUAUCACACCUUGAUGCGUUUUGUUCACGUUCGAAACGAUAAAUGUUUUAAAGAUAGACGCCUCAUGCCUCGGUUAUGCUGUUUUGUUCCUUUUAUGUUCCUCGCACGAAAGUUUGGAGGACUUUUGGCAGUUUGUCAUGAGCUAGCCGCUUUAGGUCUUCACUUAUCGUUCAUCUUUGAAAGCUAAUUAUUAAUGGUUAUUGUUAAUGGUUUCCUGUAAACUGAAAGGUUAUUUUACGCUUGGUGCGGCCCAGGUUUAAAUGGUGUUGCUUGUAGGAUUUUGAAAUUUUUAACGAUUGGCUGUAAGUUAUAGAUUUUUGACUCAACCAAGGAUGUGCCCGUGCUAUCGAUUCACCACCUCUUCCGGUCAGCUUUGGUUAAACUUAAGUACAGUGUAAAUGCCAUUUAAAAAACAUGACAUGGCGCUCAGACUCUCGGAAAGUCUGAGCGCGAUGUCAUACCAUUUUUCCUUGCUGUAGCGAUCAUUUUCUGUUAUUUUGCUUGUGUCACGAACUAUUUUAUUUGGCGAAACAACAAAUAACACAAAUCUUAUCGAUAGCUUCAGAUAAUCAGUUCAACAGAGAAAGCGGCAUUCAACAUUGCCGGAAAUCUUGCUUGUAAUCUGGAAAUUGGAAAAUCCCGAUCCAAAGGUUAUUUGAAAAAUCUUUUCAAAAUCCUAGACACGCCAGCUCGCGAUGGCGCAAGGAGUAACUCGAGCUUCGCUUUUAUCCUCUAUUCAGAUUGGUCAACAACAUAACAAAAGGUUUACGAAACAGAAAUCGUUUGGCGACUCGGUUUCGCAGACGUUACUUUUCGGGUGGAGAGAAGCCUGCGACGACCGGAAAUACGUCUGUAUUCGUAGGCUAACGUAAAAGAGACGAUAUUUUGCUCGCAUCACUAAGUGCAUGGAUAAUAGCUAAGUGAGACGCACGACCACGUGAUGCUUCGGGAACAAUACGAAGUUCAAAUAAAGGGCAUUCUAGAACUGUGAAUGAUGUAAAAUAUUUCAGAUGUCCGACUGCGGGACGGUGAUGACGUUACUCAUCACAAGGGCCGCUUAUUAAAAAGCCUCGAAAAAGACAGUAUUUGACAAAAAGUAACUUGUGUAUUGCCUAGUUCCUGUUUAUUUCAGACAUCCGUUUGGUCAAUGGUGGAUAUUCCAUGUCGCAUGCGCAAGGUCGAGUAGAAGUGUUUUACAAUGGAAUUUGGGGAACAGUGUGCGAUGACAGCUGGGACUUAAAUGACGCCAAAGUAGUUUGUCGCCAACUUGGAUUUGGAAGAGCUAUAAAGGCUUAUAUAUCAGCUGCUUUUGGACCUGGAGAUGGAAAGAUAUGGAUGGAUGACGUAAGAUGUACUGGCAGGGAGAGAUCAUUAGCAGAGUGUUCUCACAAUGUUUGGGGAAUAGAAGACUGUGAUCAUAGUGAAGACGCAGGUGUCUCCUGCUCAAGUAAUAGACUUUUUUUGUAUAGUUAUAGUCUUUCACGAAUUAGUCAAGUUUGGUCUUAGAUACUUCAUUGCCUUGCACACAUUUAAGCUCUGUUUUCAGCUGACUUUACGGAUUUCUACCCUAGCUCUUUAGACAUGGGCGUCAAACAGUUAAUGUAAAAUACACCCAAGUUUUGAAAUCUUAGAUAAAGUCGAACCCCAUGAGUGUAUUAUUUUGCCAAGGGCUGUGUUAGCUUACGGGAGGUGAUCGCCCUCCACAGGCCUGGCCACAGGGGUCAGUACUAUAACCAGGUCAGACCUGGGUUCUACACACUGGAGGUUUGUUUGUCACUAAAAGUCCUUGAGUUGCAUAUAAUCUUCUGUCCAUUUAGCGAACAUAAAUGGUCAUAAAUGAAACGCUGCCCCCUUAAGUAGUGUUAAAUGUAUUGGGAAUCUAUAAUCUAGUUUUCACCCGUAUUGAACCACGUGCCCAGUGGUUGCAUAUGACCUAUUAAAAACGAUAGAAAUUUAUUUAAAAUAACCACUCCAAAUCGUGGGAAUCAUGACCCUUAUUUUCGAUUAAACAGGAUCUUAUCAAUGGAGGCUACUGUGUUAGAAUGACAUUAAAUAGUCCAAUGUCCUUUGUCCUAGAUGUUCGUUUGGUCGAUGGUACAGGUUCUAUCCUGCAAGGCCGAGUAGAGGUGUUUUACAAUGGAACCUGGGGAACAGUGUGUGAUGACUCGUGGGACCUAAUAGACGCCAGCGUAGUUUGCAGGGAGCUUGGAUAUGGUCGAGCUGUAAAAGCAUCCGUGUCUGCGACCUUUGGGCGAGGGAAUGGAACAAUAUGGAUGGGUGAUGUGAGGUGCACUGGUAAUGAAAGAUCUUUGACAGAGUGUCGUCACAACGGCUGGGGAAAACAAAACUGUGAACACAGUGACGAUGUAGGUGUAGUUUGCGCCCCAGGUAAAAACAACGUUCUUCUGCAUAAAAUAAAAGGUUUAAAGAAAAAAGAAAUUGCUAGAUGAGAGAGGAUAAUAUAGAAGCCCACACUGAACAUCUAUUCACAUUCUUUAAAGUGCAGGGAUGAGUUACUAACAUUGUAGCUAAUCUUUCUACCCGUUGACGAGUUGAGUUGAUUACUGAACAUGCACGCCAUGGGGCUAUAAUAGCGGAGAAUUGUCUGUAAUAAUUGUCGCUUUCCUGACCUUGUUAGAUCGGAACAGCUAUAGAGAAUUGUUGAGACCAUUCAAAGUGGGGGAGGGGAGGGGUGGGGGAUUGCUAUCGCUUUGUCGGUCAUUUCUGAGACUGCCUGUCGCCUGGUAGGCUACUAAAUGUCAUUGUCGCACUGAGUUUUUCCUCCUUUUUCUGUUGAUUGCCGGUGCUUUCUAAGAGGACUGUGGCCAGUUUUUUGGGCCUUGUCGCAUAUCGUUCCUACCCCGUUGGAAGGCCUCAUUAUUGUUUCUCUCCUUUGCGGCUCGGUAAAUACCACCACCAAUAGAACGUGAAAAAAGGCAAUUAACUCACCAACCAAAAACGGUUGGUCCCAAUAUAGAUCACGACCUGUAUUGAUUCACUCAAUUCCUGCAAAAAAUGACCGCAAUUAAGAAUCUUUAAUAUUAUCUUAUUUUUUCUUUUAAAUACAGUUAGAUUGGUUGGUUGGGGUAAUGUUACAUCUCAAGGAAGAGUUGAAGUGUUCUACAAAGGAUCCUGGGGAGGAGUUUGCGGUACCAACUGGGAUAUAAAGGACGCCAUCGUGGUCUGCCGUCAGCUCGGGUUUCAAGGAGCUUUGGCAGCAGUUACAUCUACGGGUUUCCCUUCAAAAAAAUUGAUCUAUGACGUUCAUUGUGUUGGAAAUGAGACAUCACUAACAAAUUGUGACCACAAGGAGUCGAAAAGCUCCCAGGACUGUCUAAACAGAGCGGCUUGUGUGAUGUGCAUGCCAGGUACUUACGAUAACACAGAUAACACAGCUUAGCAGUAACGGCUGAUUGGCUAAUUCGAAACUGAGGGGAGCUCGGUACGAGUCCGUUUAAUAUGGAAAAAAACAACAAGAGACCAACAGAGUUCCAUGAAACAAUAUCAGACAAUGACUGCCGUUGGACCACCAGCGUGACACGUGCAAAUGUUUAAGGUACUGGCCGGAGCACGGUCAGGUAUCUUACAUAUAAUUUCUCUGAAAUCUUAUAUCUGUUUCUUAACUCUACAGUGGUUGCGCUCGGUUAACCAAUUUAGUCGGCCUUUUAGGUGGAGCUAAUGAACUUUGUCGUGCCAGGCAAAACUGACGUGAAGUAAUUAGAAUUAUUUCUUUUUUCAGAUCCUGAAAAAGGUCUCCCCACUUAUUCACCAAAAGCAAAAACAAAAGCGUUAAAAGGUAUGUUUGAUCAAGUAAAGUAAGUAUAUAAUUUCUGGUUCCUGUGAAAUUUCAGCUCUGUUUGGAAUGGGCAGAAUGGAGCCUGGGAUGGGCACAUUGAAGUCAGGGCUCCUAAUUACGGGUCUUGGUUCAGGUAUAAAUCAUUUUCUCCGUCCUCCUCAUCGUUGAAUUUACACGUAGAACGGAGAAAGAAAUAAGACCUGGUGUGACAAGUGGGACAUUAAUUCUGUUUGAAGAAAUUUUCCCAGCAUUACUUAGCCCGAGAAAACAGUCGACAUUUGGCGACGCCACCACUGAUUUCCCCGCGAAAUGACGUCUGAGAAAUGAGCGCAGAAAUUCCAUACUGAUGACGCGUCGCUACCCAGAUCUGGGUAGUGCUUCUGAUUGGUCGUGCCGCGUGGGAAAUUUGAUUCAACCAAUCAGAAGCACUACCCAGAUCUGGGUAGUGACGCGUCAUCAGUGUGGAAUUUCUGCGCUCGUUUCUCAGACGUCAUUUGGCGGGGAAACCAGUUGUAGCGUCGUCAAAUGUCGGCUGUUUUCUCGGGCUAAGCAUUACUAAUAUACAUAUCCGUAUCAUUUGUACUGUGUUUUUACUUGAUUAAUAUGCCAAUUACAAUUAAGUUGAGUUUAUUCUGUUGUACACAUGGUCAAAGUUUCUAAACCCUUUGUUUUCUCAGAUAGCACAAAGGUACAUAUUCCUGUCCGUACAAUCACUGUCACAGAGAUUGUCUUGGGCGUUUCACUUUUUGUCUCACUCGUGGGUACGGGGUUUGUGAGUUGGAGGCUCUGGCAUCAGUCACAUAGAAAGAAAGAAAAUACCAGCAAAGAUAAACGAAAGAAUAUUGAGAUGGUUGAAGACAAGAAUGCUGCUGAUAUUUCAAGAUCAGAAGGCGAGACCUCUUUCUACACUGGUAUUUGUUCCUUGGAAAAUCAUUACCAAGGGCUACAGCGGACGAACAUCUUUAAUGAGAACAGAAACUAUUAUGUGAGCCAAAAAGAGAAAAAGGUGCAUGACGAUUAUGAGGAGAUAGGACAGGUAAAUAGUUUCGUAAAAUAAUAUCGGUUUCCUUUGACGUGAAUAAUGUGAAGUGCUUUAGAUCUUAAACAGUAGUGAAUAUUAGGAGACUGGAUUCUCUAUCCGAGCGCCCCUCGUAGACGUGAUAUGAGAAAUGGUGGUCUCCAAGUCAUUGGAGCUAAAUCCACAGAAUUAGAAGUUUACAGUCUCUUACGCCCAGCAUGUCACCCUUUUGUAAGGCUUACAAACUUUGUUCACUCCCAAUAGUUUUUAAUUUAGUUUAUUUGUCACUAAUUUGAGUAAGGUAAACCUAUUGUAACAGGUCUUUUGUUAUUUGCAGGCCUCUCGUGAAGUUUAUGCAUCGGUUUAUUCUCAAUUGGAAACAAAUCUGUACCAGUCCCUACCAUAGAAGCAGACUGAAUGAGAGAAAUGAUUGGUUUUUUGCACUUUUUCAAGGAUCGAGUUUAUAAACAGAGGAUAUUACCUGGCUGCCUGAAGAAACGAAAUUUCUCCAGUUGGAGUGUUUCUUAAACGUUGUUAACGAGUAAUAAGUACAUCGAGUGGAUAUUUUUCGACACGAGAAGAGAGGAGAAAUUUCGUAUCUCUGUUCUCCAUGCGGCGAUGUAAUGUUCGAUAUUUACUAUAUAAAACCCAUUAUGUGAUUUAUUAUGCAACCAUAGCAACGGUGAUCUUUUCGCUUGUGAUCAUAACAUUUUGUUUUCAUACAUGUGAACAUACCAUGUUUUCGCGCGAAAGGACAACUGGUAUUUUAUUGGUGGCUUAAAAUAGGCAGUAAAUAUGAACCACUAUCUUAACUUAACAGUUAAAUUUCAUCUCAGUAGUUUUCCUGAAAUCUAAAGGGUCGAGUUUACUAACCCACUAGCCACCCACACUAAGGUAAAUGAUUGUUUUAGUAUAUAUUAAAAUAGUGAGAUAAUUGAGCACAAAAAUGAUGACUUUAACUCAUUAACUGUUGCCAACGAUUACAAUUUUGGCGCGCACUGACCGAACCGGCGGCGGUCGCGUCUUCUUGUUCGACAAAUAAAAUUUUUUAAGGCAUUUGUUUCGGCUCUUGCGGGGAAUUUCUUCAAAGAAUUCUUUUUAUAUUUAAAACGAUUCUGUAAAAAAAACUGUUUAAUCUUCUCUGUCUACCGUUACCGUAAAUGAUCUAAUAAACACCCGGGGCGUUAAUUUAAUUUUAGGGGUCCAAGAGGGGGCGUUUAAUAGAUGGGAGGCGUUUAAAAGAGAGAGGCGUUUAUUCUCGUAACUUAUUUUAACGAACUCAGCAUAACUGUAUACAGUAUGCCAUUUCCUAGUAUUUGGGGGCAAUUUUCAAGGGGAGCUUUUAUUAGACAGGGGGCGUUUAAUACUAACUUAACAGUGUAAGGGGAGGGGGGCGUUUAUUUGAUAAGAGGCGUUUAUUUGAGAGUGGGCGUUUAUUAGAUCGUUUACGGUAAGCUUAUUUAUGAACAUGUCAGCUAAAUAAAGUAACGCAAGACUUAAUUUGUAUUUGUAAACAAAAAACUUUUUUACCAGUUUUUUUCUCCCUCUCGCGCGCCCGUUCUUUCUUGGGCCUACUACGCAGGUUACUUAGUCACCUUCAUGUAUUUCGGCAUCAGUUUGAAUUGUUUGAUUAUUUGUGAAAUUACUUUCUUUGCUACGGCAGCGAACCGUGGCAAGCCAUUUUGCUCGUGACUUGCGCGAGUUUGGCGUCGCUCGCUCGGAGGAACUGGAGGUGAAUCAGUGAAUAGCACUGCAUGGAUGGAUAUCCGAAGGUUGAGUAGCCAAUCAGAGUACGCGAAAAACACUAUCCCGCACUGUUUUAGUAUAUACUAACUCUGUUUAGCGUUGAAACGGUCACAUGAUACUGAAGGCGCUUUCCACUUGUCAGAACCGAUCAGUCAGCCUAUUCCCAUCGCAAUGAAAAUUUCACUUUUAAUCAAAACUUAGUCAUCCAGCUCAGAUCGAUCAAAUCCUAAACGUUAUGCACAAAGGAGAUGGUUUUUCAACCAAACCUCUUGGAAAAAAGCUAUUUCAUUGCCAAAAUGUCCGGUCUGGCCACUGGGUCCGGCCGGGCCCAGUUCUGACUUUUGGAAAGCUCCCUGAGUUUUGAUAAUGAAAUAGUAAGUCAUUCGUCUAUUAGAUCAGGGUUUGUACUAUGGGUGUGUUUAGGAAGGGUAGCCGUAGGUGCAAUUGCAGUAAAAAUCAAUUGAAUUGCGCUCCCCAUAAAAACUGAGGGUUAAACGCUGUUUCAUGGUAUGAAUGCUUAGAUUUGGUAACGACCAGGAUUCAAAAAAAUCAAGAGAGGAUGGCAAAAUAAAUCAGAAAAAGGCGGGAGCCCCGAGGUGGGCACUCAACAAAGUUUUAUACGGGAAGCCUUUUCCAGCCCGAGGUCCAGCCCUUAACCCUUCUAUGUGCCAUUUUUGAAAUAAAAGGUACUUCUUUCGUUUGCAUCUUAUCGAAAAAUCGUAAUCUCUUCAAAUACCUAGACUUAGAAAGCUACAUCCCUGGUUUUAGCUGGCGUAAAUGCACUGUCUCCUUUCACAGCCGUAAAAAACGGCUCGUCUGAUAUUCCCUUAAAAUUUAACUUCUUUUAAAGACCGAAAUGACAGAUUUCCUUACCAAUUCAUAAUCAUAUCCUUCAACUCGUGAAACCCACACCCUUUUUAUAUGCCUGAAGCCAGAAAAAGGUGCCCUUUUCUUGAGAACUUCGGAUCCCCUUAUAGGCCGCACUCGGAGUACCCCUCACGGGGCGCGAGCAAGAAUACAGAUACAAGACUUCUUUUUACCGCGUUUACAGUAUGGGAAAAUAAACCUUGUUAACAAAAAUUGAACUUGAAAAAUGCGAGGGGAACAUAACAUUGUUUAUGGUAACAACAUAGUCUUUCCGUUGCGUCAUUUACCCAUUUUAAUCUUCCAUUUUCUAUAUCACUGUUUCUUUUUGAAAAUCAACAUCAAGGGCAUCAGUAGAACUGAAACUGGCCGAAUGUAUAGCUUUUCUAAAUAUGGGCUAUAGUAAGACAAAGAAAAGAUGCCACGUGCGGCGGUUAAAUAUUUCGCUUUUGUGAAGCAACAAGAACAACAACAUAGGCUUUACUUGCAUGACUAUAUGAGUUACAGUAUUGCAAAAGCUUCAAGAUAGAAAACAAUUUAAUAUACUAAAGAUGAUACAAUGCAAUGAUUACAAUAGUCAAUCAAGUGUCAUCAGUAUGAUUUGAUAACAAAUUAUUACGUAAGUCAUUACAUAAUGAAAAAAAUUUCAACAAAUGUGAAUUUACAGCUGAAAAUUCUGUGAAUUCAUCAAUUUCAUUACUAAUUCUGUGCAAGAUAGCUGAUAAAAAUCGACAAAAUUUUGUUGGAUUUGAUUGUAGAAGCUUUCCCUUGGGACUGAAUACUUUGGACACUGAUGCACCCUACAGUACUGAUAUAAACACAUACGGAUUAUAUAAAAAAAAAAAAAAAAACACGUGCAUUCGUCUGAUCAUCAGGUACCUUCUUGUACCUUCAGUGACAGUUUUUUCAUUUUCUCUAUCCUACAAUCCACGCGCGUUGGCCUUUUAUUUCGUUUGGUUAAGCGAAACAUCUUUUUUAACAAAAAGUUAACCUAUACUGAAACUCCUUAAGGUAUUUGAAUAAAGUUCAAGUUUACUGAUUCUGCUGUUUAAUUGCAUCCAGCUGUAACGCUGAGUGGGCAGUGACCGCGGCCAUAGAACAAGAGCGAUGCACAGAAAAUACAAAAUUCGCGAUAAAAUCAUCUUUUCGAUCAUUUUACUUAUAUUUACAGGUGAAAGGUGUUUGCCUUUUGUUGCUAAACACCACUGAAAUGCUAUAUUAAUUAUAUUCAGCAGAAAGUGUUCCAAGUCCUAGUUCAAGCCUCAAUGUUACCAUGAAGAGAUUGAUUGAAUUGAGGACUCUGUUUUUAGGCCUUCCAGUGGAGAAAAUAUCGCUAUUUCUACUAUACUAAGCCACCCGAACCAUGCAAAAGUAUAGCCGCGCCGUUUGCAGAGCAAAGACAGUACCGUCCGUAACUCUCAGGCCCCGGGAAUCGAACUUGCGACCAUCCCCUCUGACGUGCAGUGGUCUGCCAGUCCAGAGCUAAUCUUGUGGAUCUUUUUUUUUUUUCAGGUUUAACGUUUCGUUAUAUUGAAGGGAGCAACAAUG